GGUCAUACAUUAACUUCAGCUGUGAUUUUUCGGCUCCGAAAACACAUGGAUUAUCUUGUCUUGUUUAUGGAGGAUCACUAGGAAAACUACCAGCAUCAGAGAUGAACCAGGAUAAACUGAAGACUACAGGUGUGCUUGUUGCUGAGACAGAUAAAGUGAAGUCAGAAGGGAAACAGUGUGUACCCCUACCCAGUGGUGUAGAAGAAUAUCAUCAGAUCAUCUGGACAUUUGAGAACAAGAAUAUAGCUCACUGUCGAGAAUGUGCCAACGGGACUCGGUCAUGUGAGGUAACUGAUGAGGGACUCAGAGACAGACUGAAGAUGGACAGUCAGACCGGAUCUCUCACCAUCAUGAACAUCAGCACUGAACUCACUGGACUGUAUAAACUACAAAUCAUUGACAAAUCUUCUAAAAAAUCGUCAAACCAGAAAUUCAAUGUUACCAUCUCUGCUCCCACCGGUGUUUCUGAUCUCAGCAGCGGCGGCUCUAUACUUGUGAAGGUGAAUGAUCAGGAUUUCAGCAAUUACAGCUGUGUGAUGAACGGUUCAUUCAACAUCCCUGAACGCUCCCCAGAAGCAGAUUUACACCCAUUUAAUGAAGGACUGAUAAUUGGGCUGGUCAUUGCAGCAGCAGCAGCAGCAGUUGUGAUUUACUAUUGCUAUAGGGAAUGCAAAUAG